GCAAAGAUGGGGGAUAUUAUUGUGGCUAAGUUCAAAGCAUUCCAGUACUGUGUUUUGAAUAUCCACAAUAAUAUCCCCAACAACUUGUUUAACAAGUGUGCACAUGACAAACUCCACUCAGAGAAGUUAUGGCUCACUAAAGGUUCAACAGCAUAUGAAAAGCUUUGUGAGGCUCUGAAUAACACCUUUUUGCUGAGAGAGAUAAGGCAGGCCUCCCCGGUACAGCAAACGAGCUGCCUUGAAGGCUACAUUCUGUUGUAAACCAAUUUGCACCUAAGAUGCUGUCAUUCUCCUAUCUUGGACUCCUUGCCAGGCUGUAUUGCUUUGACCUUCAGAUGUUACGAAGUGCAGCAAAAGCGCCUUGAGUUUUGCCCAGACGUGCGGUGAUGUAUUUUUCAGCGGCAUUGUCCGAGCUAACUAUACUACCAAGAUGCUGAGGGCUGAAUGAGAGAACAGCUAGAUCAUCUGCAAAUCCAGGUCUUCUAACUGGGACAACAGCGUCCAUCUUAAGCCUCUUGGUUUAUCCGAUGUUGUAUUGCGCAUGAUUCAGUCAAUAGAAAGGGGGAAGAGCAUAGGCGAGAUGAUGCAGACUUGGUCUCACACCAGAUUGCACAGGGAAGAUUAAUGAUCAUAUGAAUAUCUAAUGUUCCAUCAACUAAGAGACCCACCUAGAAAAAUACAAAAAGGGUAUCAGAAUUCAAAGAAUAAUCAUUCUAUUAUCGAUAUCCUACAAGAAAAGCUGCUGUAGACUCGUUAAAUUUAUUCCAAACUAGAUAAAGCUACGGGAAAUGAUGUAUUCGGUUUUUUAUUCGGCUAAGCGCAGCAAAAUAUAAUGUAAUCAAGACAUGGUCGUUCCUGAAGAAAGACAAACAUUUGCCGUUUCUGUUUUUUUUUUGUCUGUUUUUUUUUUACAUUUUAUUGCCCAAAUCAGGAAUAAAUGGGUUAAACAAUAAGAGAGAGAAAAAGAAUUGAAAAAAGGACCCUAUCGACAUGGCAGCACCGAUAUUUACAAGCACCGAUAUUUCCUGCGAAUGCUUUGUAAUGCUCUUGCAAGGUACACUCCUUUUUAAAAGAACGUCUAAUUUUCAGUUGAGGCUGGGCCGUUCUUAUUUUUCGGGCAUUUCAAGGCUGAAUAUGUUCUUAACGAUGUUCUUAAAUUUUAGUGCAUAUUAGAAUAUUUAAUACCUAAUGAAUUAUUAGGAAGAGAGUUACACUAAUGAUCAGUAGCAAUAAUAAGGUUAUUACUAUGAGCACAAUUUGAUUCUGCCUACGGUUCUGCAUUUUGGAACGCAUCAGGACCAAAAAAAGAUUUUUUUUUCUGAUAUCUGAGCCUCGGGACGUUCUUAGCAUGUUCUUAAAAUUUGGUGAAAUUUCAGGCUCGACAUUCUUAUAAUAAGAAUUUUAUUAAAAAAAGAGUGUAUACCACCCGCGCAUUCACGUUGGCCUUCGCCCUGAACAUUGUUUGAAUCUGGAUUCUUCAAAACACCAAAGACGCUUUAAUACGGUCAAAGAACACACAGAAUGUAAACAUAAACACAAUACAUUGUUACUUUCAGCAAGUUAUCUUUUUAUUUUCACUUACAUUGUUUCUGCAAUAGGCCCAAAUAUAGAGCUUGGGCUACCUGUGCUUUCGUUGGCAAACAAACUCUAGCACGUGAGAAAGGAUAGGCAUUUAACUUGGUUUAGUGAAACGUGAGUUAAUUCGAUCGACAUCCGCACACUGUGUGCCUUUGGCCUAGCGAGGCAGUGAGCAAAGAACAAGCGUCAAAUUUUGCUCACCUCAUCCAACUUGGGCCGUUGGAUGGUGUUUGAGCGCGAAAACGAGACUCUCUUGACAAAACGCAAGGCUUGUGCUCAAAGGGCGGCAAAACGGCCGAACUCACAUGGCGAGGAAAAUUCUCUCAAGAAAAUGUUCAGAAACCAUACCACUUAAGAAACCCUGUCACUGAAAUAAAAUUAACUUCAUUUUAAAGUCUCGAAAGCAUUUAUUUUGGAAUGUUUUUAUUUUUAAUAUACCUGCCUGCACAAUAACUUUUUCCAUCAAAAGUAAUAAAUAUGAAUGAAAAAAGGAGGAUAUUUUUUCUAAUAGCUUCGCCGGUUACGUACAAAUACACAAUAACUACUUGUUGUAAACAACUUAUGUUUGACUGGUUGUGUGAAUUUCUCAAAUACAACCGCAACGUCAUUUAUACUUUACAUAACAUGUGCAAAAAUCGAUAGUUUUUCGCGAUGUUCAUUAUGAAAGAAUUGUUCAUCAAAAACACCUAAUGAAUUUGAAUACGAAACACCACUCUCAGAAAUCAUUACUAUAUUUUUUUGUUCAAAUAAAAAGAACUGUUUUGGAGGCGGGAGAGUUGGUGCGCCUUUCUAAUUGAUUCUAAUGACUACUAGAGUUCUUGAAAGCAGUCGGUUUUGAGAUUCGGCUAAACGUCCUUGACUCUUAGGAUUCCCGGUCAAAUAAAAAAAAUGAAAUGAUUAUUUACUCAAAGAAUACGGAGAAUAAUUAAGCUUUUAGAACAGGUGAAGUUUUCAGCGCGUUACAAGUAAACAGAAGAAACUUGCCAACUGCCUACAAAAUGAUAUUACUAUUUAUGUUUUAUUUGCACCAUAGUCAACAAUAAACAAAAAGCUAUAAGAACUAUUGGAUUUUCAUAAUGUGCGAUUGAGUAAAGCGUACCGAAAAAAUGCAUGACAUUAGGCUGUAUCAUAAUGAAUUUUUCCAAUUUCUGAUCUAGAAAAUGCUAAGUACAUGCCAAGUUUGUUUGGCUUUCGCAACGCAGUAUUUUAUUCUCUUGAUAAAAUUUCGCGCAUUAGAUAAAAUGAGCGCACGGGCGGCGAAUGAGGUGGCAAGGACCACCUUAAAAUCAAAGUAAUGGCGAAAUCUCUUUUCGUCUAUUUUAUUUCUAGAUAAGAUAAAAACAAUUAUGUUCGUUAAAGAUAUUGUUUUAAAACAGCGACGUGGACGGAAGUUAUAGGAAGCGUUAUUUAGAAGAACUUCCAUCAAAGAUCGCUAAAUGUAAGAGCCCCCCGAUAGCGUUAAAUGGGUCUUGUGAAAUGACAAAACAGCAGAUAAUAAUUACACUUUUUCUCUUAGCUAGCAGGAUUUACUUGUUUAAGGGGAAAAAAGGAGCUUUUAUUUAGAACUGCAUUUCUAAGCUGACGUAUGGACGUGUCAUCAUUUAAGGAGCGUUCACGAGAAAGUGUGAAAACGAAAUGAAGAUUCCUUUUAGCAGGUGCUUUACACAUCGCCGAAGGCAGUCAUUCGGCAGUGACCAACCACCACGCAGUAAGUAAAAGCAAUUUUGGAAAUACGUAAACAUCUAGCAAGUUUUUCUUCGAUAGGAAAACAAGACAAGCAAGAGCUUUUAGACUUUCUGAACCUUUAAGAGCUUCUAAACAUUGCUGCCUGCGGUCAACGAUCAGGUUACACUGAGAGUUAUCGAAGAGGUGACUACUGGAGAUUUGAAUGUUCCUUUAACGUGAGACAUUUAACUACAAUCAGUAGUGAAAUGGGCUAUUAGGUAAGACUGAGGGAUGAAGAGCUCGUCUACGGAAGGAAUGCCUAUUUGACGGGAUCCUUGGUUGUUAAAUCUUUUAUUACUUUGGAAAUGCGAUUUGGCGGACCGCCGGAGUGCGGCAACAUCAGUGGGAUGCCGGUCCUGUCUUUCAGUUCAACAGGCAUCUCCUUACUUCUAACAUGCAUCUCAGCUCCUACCAAUGUCUGCAUAUGUCUGGCGAUCUACAAGGACCCCUACAAAAACCUCAAGACUGCGUUUAAUUUGCUUAUAGUUAACAUAACGCUGGCUGAUUUGCUUCAAGGCUUAAUAGUCAUGCCCCUUUCGGUGGCGUUUCACGCCCUGGAGGGUAGCAAUACAAUGUCAAUUCCGCUGAUAAGAUCACUUCACGUUUUCACGUUUUUAUCGUGUACGGCUUCUGUCCUGAGCAUCGCAGCUUUGGCAAUUGACAGAUGUUUUAGUAUAACGAAUCCGUUGCAAUACAGAGCUAAAUUAACGUAUCGACGAUCCCUAAAAGUAUCCUUAAUGGUGUGGCUUUUCUCGAUCGCGCUCACUUUUCUUUACUUCCAGGUUGAUUUUAUCGCUUACACAUUUGUCUACGUGAACAGUGUUCUACUGUUAACUCUAGCGGUUUUGUUCUUGGUUCAGAUACAAGUGUGGAGCAGCCUUCGGCGCCAUCGAAAGAAACUAAAAUUGAUGACUUUGCCAAGCUAUACUAAUGGAGUGAACAUUUGCGUCCGAAACGAAGAUAAACUGCUACAAAAACGAGAUACAAAAGUGACAAAAACCUUCCUCACAUUGCUUGCAUUUUUUCUUAUCUUAAAUGCGCCGGCGUUUAUAUUUGCAUAUCUGCUAAAUUUCUGUGACAACUGCAGCUGCAACACUAUCCACAUUUUUAGAGAUAUCCAUUUCCUAUCGCUUUUAUUUCCAAGUUCAAUUAACCCAUUUCUUUUCGGUUGGCGGCUCCCAAACUUUAAAAGAGCACUGCAAAAGGUUGUGCUGCGUCGCUCUUCAGUGCAAGAAGAGUCACCUAAAGAUCUUUCAAGUGUGGGGUUUUUAACGUCUUUACUCAUGAAGGAAAACUACGUCAGGCACGAAAGCGUUAUAUUUGGCACCUUCCCAUACGUUGGACAUGGAAUUUGUAAUUUUGCAUCGUCAGUAACCGACGAUGAGUAUGUUGGUGCGGAAAGUGAAGCUAGUCCAGACAGAAAUGAAAUAAAAAGCAAGAUUACCAAUGGUGAUCACCAUAACGACAGUGGCAGCGACACUGAAAAUAAAGGCGCAGUGAGAAGUAACACUGAUGGUAACAAAAGCAGAAGAUAUAGCAACGGUAAAAUAAGAAAUAACAAUUCCAACAGAGGUAGAAACAGAUACAUAGAUAGCAAAAGAUGUAGAAAAAGUUGCAGCUGUUACUGCAGUGCCAAUGAUAAGGGAAAAGUUGACAACUGUGGUCUCGACAGAACAAAUGGGAAAAAUAUAAACGGUAAUAGCAAUAAUCAGAACAACAGUAUCGGAAGCCCAGAAAAUGCUAACAACGAGGAUGCUAACAGAUGCACGCACAACCAGAACAAUCCCAAGAGCAAAGAUAACGCAAUAAGAAGAAGUAACCGUGAUAUUUCAAAUCUGUUGUCGCUUUCUAUUGCGCAACUAGCGCAACAGAACCAGCCAUUCAGCGCCGAGCAAAACCAACCAAUCAACAGCCAAGAAGCACCAUUGACGUCAUCAAGCAUAACAAUGUAUUACAGCAUGACAACAGUAUUGUAAAAUCUUUCUUAAUUGUCUUUCUUAUUUAAUUAGUGCAACUUCGCCCAUAACUGGAACUGAGUUGAGACCCUGAGUUGGGCCGUUUCACGAAUUUGCGUGGCAUCCUUGCGCAAGAAUGCCACAAUCUAAUGUUGACAUAAACUGACUUGUGUUGCUUAUACAAGGCUUACACUUGUUUUAGCCAGAAUAGUGCACCUGUCAAAAUAUAAGUAUUGAGAUUUUAAAGAAUUUGUGAAGCUUCCCUUCACGUC